AUGAAGGCUCGUGCUGCUUCUAGCGACUCUAUCUACGGUACCUUGACCAAUAUAGGUAACCCUGGGCCAGUUUUCGAGCGAAAUGCAUUAGAUCAGCAGUAUACAGAGAUGGAUCAAUUCCAGCACGAUAUUCCUGUGUAUACCUUGGCUGAUCUUGCGUCUGCGGCUGCUGCCAUUGGUAGUUCAUGCACGUUUCUAUCCAUUGCUUAA